GUGCCGAUUCCACUUUGCAAAGAUGUGCGAAAAACUCCCCUCGUGUGUCUGAGGUUAUUGUCCGUGAUUUACUAUACAAUUGUAAGUUCUUGACUGUUGUUGUUCUGUGUGACAGAACGAAUUAGAGGGAAACCAGCAGCAAACGCUUUAUUUUAUUAAAUUUGCUGGCUAUUUUCGCGCGUACCGUUCAUAAGGAAACAACUAGUACACGAAAGAACACAACCUGGCAAUUUGACGAUUUUGGUGGGAUAUUGUUGGACCAGGACAACCGAUUCUUUUAGCUGAUAACCACAAAACUGCGGUGAUUCUGCUUAAUUGGCGGCAACAAAUCCUUCUCAACAUUCUAAAAGAAUCGUCCGUGAUGCCGUUCACAAGCAGUGGACAAAGUUGCCAGAUUUGUGACGCAUUCAGCUGUAGUCGAUGCCGGCCGGAGAGGCACGGCGAACGCCCACGGACCCACGGCAGAAUGACACUUCCAGAACCAUAUGCUGAUACUCGACAGUGCCCAGAGAAGUUUGGAACCAGCAAGCAGCGAGGGAAGCCCUCACCAACCGACGCUACAUCCAGGGAUAGUGGCCGCGGACGGGUUGUUUGGCAGCUGGGGAAACCUGGUGUACAAGAGCAGCAGGAAGUGUGCUACCGGCAUGCGAAAGUCGAAUGUGGAAUCAUCAGCGCUCGCGGAAAGUCACUCGGGAUUGGGGCAUGGAACGAAAUCUUCUACUCACACAGCUUUGUUUGUAUUCAUCCCAAGUGUGAAGACCUGUGGCGAAAGAACGUUAGGACAGAAGGUUCGUUUCCAAUGCCGUUGAAUACGAGGACGAUCGAGCAAAAUGUGAAUGAACCGACGAAGGGAAAAAUGCAGUCGUACUAUGGACAAAACAGCGCGCGAAAUGUUCAUCAACACGGUUGGAGAAUUUUGAGAAACAUCGAAGGGAUCUAUUCGAAGUUGGUGCAGUUCGGUUACGUGACAUCCGACCAUACGCGCCACGCGGCGAGGCAGGUGCGAUCAGCGAAGCAAGCGGCAGACGUAACGGAUGAUGCGGAUUUUAUCAGGGUGCACUCUACGGAGAAGGCGCUGAAGGCGAAUGAGGAGGAGGCUGAUCGAGCGCAAACGUGCUCACCUUUUCCAGCGUACUUCACCUGUGAAAAUCUGACAUCCUGCGUCACAGGCUGUUCUGCUCGGGUUCGCCAAAGGCUUGCUCAGUGGCGGAGAUCGGAAACUGGGCAACGCAGGAACCACUUCGUGCAGCACUCUGCGCGUAUGAAGGAAAAGUUCAAACAAGACGACAAUGCGGAAAACCAAUCGUCGGGAUUAGCAGCCACCAACCACCAGUGUGUUAGAAGGAUACUCGUCGGAGGUACGGCGGAGUGUUACCAGCACUGGAGGACGAGGAAGCUGUUAAGAAGCCGGAGGGUUAGCAGGUUUCUGUGUUUUGUCUUCAAUGGACUGUUUCCUGAAAGUGAAGGUGGCACAAAACAUCAGCGCACGACGAUCGUCUACUUCCGGGAUGUGAGAACGUCAACCAAGACAACCUGGCGUAGCCGAGGCUCGACCCGGGACGAGAGGCGUGGUAUGCAGUGCAACGAUGUGCCAGAGCUUUCUGCGCAGAUGCAGCAUGCAAGGAUUCAAGCAUGUUCCAGGACCAAGUUGAUAAACGUCUGGAUCGCAUAGGAAUCGAGGAAGACAUCGGCAGCUUUCUCUCACAGGACGAGUUAGGGUAAAACUGGACCGGACUCGCCUAACCAGUUGUACGGAAGGGGGAAUGUUGCGACGAGAAGUGCCGAUUCCACUUUGCAAAGAUGUGCGAAAAACUCCCCUCGUGUGUCUGAGGUUAUUGUCCGUGAUUUACUAUACAAUUGUAAGUUCUUGACUGUUGUUGUUCUGUGUGACAGAACGAAUUAGAGGGAAACCAGCAGCAAACGCUUUAUUUUAUUAAAUUUGCUGGCUAUUUUCGCGCGUACCGUUCAUAAGGAAACAACUAGUACACGAAAGAACACAACCUGGCAAUUUGACGAUUUUGGUGGGAUAUUGUUGGACCAGGACAACCGAUUGUAAGAUCAUUAAUUUAUACAUAAAAUACAUGCUAAUAAAUAUUUGUAGCUUUUAGCUGAUAACCACAAAACUGCGGUGAUUCUGCUUAAUUGGCGGCAACA